GUCGUUAGUCGCGUAUUUACAUUUCUCUGUCGUGUCUUUACGGCGAUAUAGAGAUGGUGGACAUGGUGCAUCUGACCAUUGCUCUCCCCCCCAGAGUCAUUCAAACACACACCGGGGUUAAUGUUAACCACCAUCAAUUAUCUCUUAAACGGGUGUUUUGUUUGUUAAAGAGCCUCCUUCACCUCUGCUGUCCACCUGUUUCCUGGCAGCAGCUUGUUUUUAAAGAGGCAGAGGCAGAGGCAGUCACCAGCCAUGGUUAUUGAGUUAGAGACCAAGUAGACCAGCAGGAGGCUGGAAGAACACAGCAAGCUUCUGGAGGUGGAGAAGUAAACCUAACGGGCUCCAAGUAUUUUCACUUUUUUUUGGUUUUGAAGUUACAAGACGUGUUAGACGUUGUCCAACUCUUUGUCACAAUGUCGUAUAUGCUGCCACAUCUCCACAAUGGCUGGCAAGUGGACCAGGCUAUUCUGUCAGAGGAGGAUCGUGUCGUUGUCAUUCGCUUUGGUCAUGAUUGGGACCCAACUUGUAUGAAGAUGGAUGAGGUGUUGUAUAGUAUUGCUGAAAAGGUGAAAAACUUUGCUGUUAUUUAUUUAGUGGAUAUCACAGAGGUACCAGACUUCAACAAGAUGUACGAGUUGUAUGAUCCAUGCACUGUUAUGUUUUUUUUCAGUAAAAGGACGUUGGCAGGGAGCAAGCCACCUUUUGACCUUAGAAAUAAGCACAUCAUGAUUGAUUUGGGCACAGGCAACAAUAACAAAAUUAAUUGGCCCAUGGAAGACAAGCAGGAGAUGAUUGACAUUGUUGAGACAGUUUACAGAGGAGCCCGCAAAGGAAGGGGUCUUGUGGUAUCUCCGAAGGACUAUUCCACCAAAUAUAGAUACUGAGUUAUGUAUGUUCAGCUGAACAGUUUACCAUAAGUUUUAUCCUGGAAGUACCAUUCUCGAAUUGGACGCAGCAACUUUCAAAAUGCAUCUGUUUGUAUGUUUGCCUUGGAUAUCUUCACUAUUAUCUACUACACAAUUCAUAGACUAUAUAUGAAUGGAAAGUCAUGUUUUUAAAAUGUUUUUUGUUGUGAUAAAUAGAAAUUGAUUUAUUUACCAUUAUUGUUUUUUUUUACAGAAAUAAUAAAUUAUGUAACUGCCCCAUGUCUGGUAAUAUUACAUUUUGGGUAGAGUACUUUUGAAUAUUUGAUUCAGUAUAGUUUGCACUUUCUUAAUAUCCAAAUAAAAAUUGAACAAUGCCACAUGAUUGGACUUGGGUUUUCCAGUCAUUCUACAGAUGGAAACCCAAUUAAAGUUUCUGUCAGUAUUUUGCUUGAAGAAAUAAGCUACCAAUCUCUUUAUUAACAGUGAUUAUAUACUUUUAUAAACUCUACCGAGUACUCAGCUAAAUUUUCAGCCAGCAUUGAUUGUGUGAAAAUGUGUAUUAACUUCAACUGUUGACAAGAAUCAUUGCUCCCUGCAUUUAUUCUUGACUGCAUAGCCUUCACAUAUUAUUAUUAUUCUCUAACUCCCACCCAAAAAAAACAAUUAUGUGCCUUAGUGUCUUUUGUGAGCAAGGGAUGAGGUCCACAAACUACAAAAUCUUGUUACUGUGUAUUUCAUAAGAUAUUGAUGUUCAAUAUGUAGUGUCUCCUCUUUGUAUUAAAUGAAACCCAUAAACGAAACAUUUGGGCUGUACCAACCAGUUAAUUUGGCAAAUAACUGAAUUUAAUCAAAAUGACCAUGUGCUUGAAAUGUUGUAAAUUCUAUCAUUUCUUGAUUAAGAUUAUUGUUUCUUGCAUAUGUGAGUCUCACCUACUGUUCAAAAGCCAAGUGCCUUAAUCUGAAAGCAACCCCAUCAUAUUUCAUUUACUCAGAUGUAUUGCUUAACUUCAUGGUCACCACUUAGAAGUGAAUAGCACUGAUUUUUCCUUUUUUUUGUGCUAAUUAUAUUCAGUAGUGUUAAUGCAUAAUUUCAUAUUUGACAGAAAAGAUAAUGGAAGUGAUAUUGAUAACACUCGACUGUUGCAACUCAGCUAUUAUUUUGUAGUCAAAUGAACUGCUAAUAAGUUUAUUUAAAAAUACAUUGCUCAUUUCAAAGAA